AUGACAGAUACACCGAAAAUACGUUUUUCGCCAUUAAAUGUUCCAUUUGCAAGGAGAAGACAAACGGCAGCAGUUAUCUUUUGGCUUAUAUCUUUACCAGUUACACUUUUUGUUUUCUUUUUAUGUUGUACAAUACCUUUCUUUUGGCCAUGGAUUAUUGCAUAUACGUUGUUUGUACUUUUUGAUAUUGCACCAGAAAAUGGCGGAAGAAGAUUUGAGUUUGCAAGGAAUGCAAUAUUUUGGAAAUGGUAUUCUGAAUAUUAUCCAAUUAAAUUAAUAAAGACAAUUGAUUUAGAUCCAGAAAAAAAUUAUUUAUUUGGAUAUCAUCCACACGGAGUAAUAUCAGUUGGGGCAUGGACAAAUUUUGCAACGGAAGCCAAUAACUUUUCAAAAGAAUUUCCUGGUAUAAAAUGUAGAUUAUUAACACUUGCGUCCAAUUUUAAUAUACCACUUUAUCGUGAUUAUUUGAUGGCACAAGGCCUUGCAUCUGUCUCAAGACAAUCCUGUGAAAAUAUUUUAUGUAGAAAAGGUCCAGGACAUUCGGUUAUGAUAGUUGUUGGUGGAGCGGGCGAAAGUUUGAAUGCAAGGCCAGGUAUUUAUGAUUUGGUGUUGAAAAGAAGAUUAGGUUUUAUCAAGUUGUCAAUUCGUUCUGGUGCAUGUUUGGUGCCAGUUUUUUCAUUUGGCGAAAAUGAUAUUUGGGAACAGGCGGAUAAUCCUAAAGAGAGUAAAGUUUGGAAAUUUCAAAAAUUGAUUCAGAAAUAUAUUGGAUGGACAAUGCCUUUGUUUCAUGGAAGAGGAAUGAUAUUGGAGUCUUACCACAUAGAAGGCCAAUCGUAA